AAACUGACAAAGUGGUUUUUGUUUGCACUUAGCACACAAGAUUAUGGAAACCAAGGCAGAGGUUGUUUCAUCUCCUUCUGAAUCCAGCUCCAUAUACGUUUCUUCUAUGGAACUUGGAAUUGAGAAUUUCGGCUGCACGCAUUACAGAAGGAGAUGCAAGAUCAGAGCACCAUGUUGUGAUGAGGUUUUUGACUGUAGGCAUUGCCAUAACGAAGCUAAGAACUCUGAGGAGAUUAAUCCUAUGGAUCGCCAUGAUAUCCCACGCCAUGAAAUUAAAAAGGUCAUCUGCUCCUUGUGUGAUACAGAGCAAGAUGUUCAACAGUACUGCAUUAACUGUGGGGUAUGCAUGGGCAAGUAUUUUUGUGCUACAUGCAAAUUCUUCGAUGAUGAUACUUCAAAGAACCAAUACCAUUGUGAUGAAUGUGGCAUCUGCAGAACUGGAGGCAAGGAUAACUUUUUCCAUUGCAAGAGAUGUGGAUGUUGCUACUCCAAGGUAAUGGAAGAGGGGCAUCGUUGUGUAGAAAGAGCAAUGCAUCAUAAUUGCCCUGUUUGCUUUGAGUAUCUAUUUGAUACAGUAAGAGAUAUUACUGUCUUACCUUGCGGGCAUACUAUACAUUUAGAGUGUGUUAAAGAGAUGGAACAACAUCAUAGGUUUUCAUGUCCUGUUUGCUCAAAAUCCAUCUGUGACAUGUCAAGUUUGUGGAAGAAGCUUGACCAAGUGAUCGCAUCAACUCCAAUGCCUGAAACUUACAAAAAUAAGAUGGUAUGGAUACUCUGCAAUGAUUGUGGAACAAACUCCUACGUGCAAUUCCACAUUGUGGGGCAUAAGUGUUCAAGUUGCAACUCAUACAACACAAGGCAGAUACAGGGAAUACCUACUACCUCAUACUCCUCUAGGGUGGCUGGGAUAGUGAGAUGAGAAUUGGGUUGCAGAGAGAUCUCCACUCUAAACAUUGCCUUCCCUCUGGGAUGGAAAAAGCUCUUGUUGAGUAUAAUUGCCAUUUUCCCGAUUCUAGUUUAGUAGAAUUCUUUUGAUGAUGGUGGAAGAGGGUUGAAAAUUUGUUCAAGAAAGUAGUAUA